GCCAUGAAAACUAGGGCUUUUGUGGAGCUAUGGCGCUCCCAGAGCAGGGAGUUCUUCUCUACUACAAGUUCGUCACGCUGCCGGAUCCCGAGGCGACCAGGAACUGGUUCGAGCGAUCGUGUUCUUCGCUGGCGCUGCUGGGGAGGAUACGGAUUGCGCCCGGGGGCGUCAAUGUCACGGUAUGUCGGAGGCAGCAUGGAAUCGCUGAGGGAGCACAUCGAUGCUGUCGCGGGCCAGGAGCUGUUCCAGGGAUGCGAUUUCAAGCUCGCUGCGUGCUCCCGGCCUAUGGAUCGCGAUGCCGCUGCGAGCUGUGGCUUUGAUUCCUUGUCCGUUCGUCUGGUUGAGGAAAUCGUGACGCUUGGUGUAUUCCCUUCUCCGUCGCUUGCAAAUGCUGGGAAGCAUCUAUCGCCAGAGCAGUUCCAUGGAAUGCUCGACCAAGCAGGAAACUUGAAACAAAGCAACGCUGUAGUUCUCGAUGCAAGGAACAUUUACGAGACCCGAAUAGGCAAGUUUUGCCCGCCUCCGGGAAUUGCUUUCCUCGACCCCAAGAUACGCCAGUACAGUGACUUGCCUGCUUGGAUAGACGAGCACGCGGAGCAAUUGCGCAACAAAUCAGUACUGAUGUAUUUCUUUCUAAGUCGUUUCUUUCAUUCAUGUGUUAUAUGCUUUUGCGUUUGUUGCAGGUAUUGCACUGGAGGUGUCCGGUGCGAGAUGGCUUCUGCUUACAUUCGUAGCAAAGGAGAGGAAUUCGAGAACGUCUACCAGCUUUCUGGUGGCAUUCAGCGGUAUCUGGAGGCAUUUCCUGAAGGAGGAUACUUCCAUGGGAAGAACUUUGUUUUCGAUCAUAGGAUAUCAGUUCCAUCGCUACAAGAUAAAACUGUUGGCUGCUGCUAUAGUUGCAAAUCUCCCUACGAUGACUAUACUCCACGGCUCCGUUGCUCCAUGUGUCGUAUGCUGGUACUUUUAUGCGAAAGUUGCAAGGCGUCGGUGCCUUAUCUCUGCGAGCUGUGCGCUGCUAAUCGGCAUUCUAGUGAACCAGUAGAAUCAGGACGUGAUAAAUGCUCGAAGUUAAGGAUACUGUGCCUGCACGGCUUUCGUCAAAACGCAUCAAACUUGAAGGGCAGGCUCGCAUCGCUGUCGAAGAAACUCAGACGUACAGCCGAGUUCGUCUUCAUAGAUGCUCCUCACGAGCUUCCGCUGCUCUAUCAACUUCUCGAGGACGAAACGAGGCGCGAACCUACAGCCCAGCCGCACAAGAAAUUUGCGUGGUUAACCGAUCCGGAUGGUCCGAAGGCUAGCACACAAACGUGGACUCCAGUACAGAAGUCUUUCGAUCCCAUGCAGUACCAAAAGCAAACGUCGGGUUGGAGCGAGAGCUGGGAGUACCUGGGACAAGUAUUGGCUGAUCGCGGGCCAUUCGAUGGCGUUCUCGGGUUCUCGCAGGGAGCGGCCGUGGCUGCCAUACUUUCUUCACUCAAGGAUGCUGGACUGAUCGACAUCAAGUUCGUCGUGCUGUGCUCGGGGUUCGUUUCGCCGGUGCUAGAGCAACAGGUGUUGGGAGGAUUGAUCGACUGCCCUUCGCUGCACAUUUUCAGUGGGAAAACUGGCAAUGACCGGCAAAUCGCUUGCACGGAAAGCGAGAGAUUGGCCGGGAAGUUCAGGCCUGGCUCUCGAAUGGUAGUUCGUCAUGACUCGGGGCAUAUAGUUCCCACUCGACCGGACUACCUCGAACAGUACGCCGAGUUUUUCAAGAAGUUUCUAUGACUUGUCUUUAAA